GCUCCUCCUCCUCUUCCUCUUCCUAGCUCAGUCUUCCUCCUCUCGUGACCGCGCGCGCACACACCUCCCCUUACCUGUGUAGAGGAGGACAGGUAAGCAACGAGGGUCAGUCAGAACACCUUGACUUACCUUUCAUUACUCAUUAGUGCGACAGACUGCUGGAGGCGCCAUGCGAGGAGGUACCCUGGCGGCGGCGCUGGUGGUGAUGAUGGUGGUUGUGGUGGAAUCCACCGCCGGAGUGUCAUCAGGAGCCAAGGAGACGAAACACAAAAGCAGACGAAUAAUAUACCCUGACGAAGGCGCUGACGGAGGAAAACACGCGAUUCUGGGCUACUCCAACACGCUGCCGCUCAAGGAGAAGGCGAAGAAGGGCGUGGCGGAGCUCGGGGCGUCCUGUGUUGUGAGCAAGAGCUGUGAGGGCGUGCGAGGAGUGGCGUGUCUGAAGGGGAGGUGUCUCUGCAAACCUCACCACUUGGCUGUCAACUCAACUCACUGUCUUCCGGGGGUACUAUUGGACUUUAAAUGCCACGUGGAUGCCCAGUGCAGUCUGCGGGUCCCUCACUCUGCCUGCAUCCAAGGCUACUGUAGAUGUGGCGACGGCUUUGUGCCCUACAGAAGGAACAACUGUUUGAAAGCCGCCAAGGUAGGUGUCAUAUGCCGCAAACAUGAGCAGUGCCGCGAGGGGACGCCUGGUACCUUCUGCAACUUCACAGUGCCGCGGGUGAUGGGCAGGUGUGCGUGUGCCGGCCACCUGCCCAGGAACGGAGACACCUGUGGACACCUGCGCUAUGCCUUAGGUACACCCUGCGGAACAACAGCCCAGUGCUCGAGGGACGUGCCUGGGUCUAUAUGUAUGAUACAGGCGCAGGCUUCCUCGGGCACACCAGAGAACGCUCAAACACGUAUCUCGGCCAUUCCCGGGGUGGCGCCACGUCCCAGGGGAGUGCCACUAGCUAUGUGUGCGUGCCUCCCCGGCCACCUGCAGGCUGAGAACGGCACUAGAUGCAUUCCGAUCUCAAAAGGUGUUGGUGUCACUCCUGCAUCUUUGGGCCAGCACUGUGAGACCUCAAGCCAGUGCCAAGCGUCUGACCCCUUCACUCAGUGCCGGGCUGGUGUGUGCCACUGCCAACACGACACUCGGUCCUGCUCUGCCCUCAACACUGGCUGCCAUCCUAAGACUUUCCAGUGCAUUUCCUCUGGCCGUUGCAUCAGCUGGUACUUUCUGUGUGACGGAGAGAGGCACUGUGACGAUGGAUCCGAUGAGGCCACCUGCAUUCCCCACAGGUGCCCUCGUCUGGCCCACACCUGCAAGGACGGCACCUGUGUCUCCCGCGCUAAGCUGUGUGACGGGAAUAUUGACUGUCCUGAUGGUUCUGACGAGGCUAAGUGCAGUGGAGAGUGCCCUGCGUCAACAUUCCGGUGUCGGGGCGGCCGGUGUCUGCCUGGGUUUGUGUUCUGCAACGCUAUGCCCUCCUGCAGUGACAGCAGUGAUGAGGAUGAGGCGGCUUGUGUGCAGGGCUCCAUUACAGCCCAAUACUGUCCCUUCAGGUGUCGCAAUGGCAGGUGUCGCUCCACUGCCAUCCUGUGCUCUGGAAAGGAUGGCUGUGGUGACAACUCGGACGAAGAACAGUGUACAGUAUGCACUUGUGCCCGGUUCCCCUCCUGAGACUAAAGACAAAGGAGAUGGUUGGAUAAAUUUAUUGGCCAUUUAUCUAUUCUAUCUCUAUUUCUCCUCUUGCUCUCUUUAUUUUUACUCUUUCUUCUUAUUUCAUGCUAUUUCUCCUUCUCCUCUUCCUCCUUCAGUUUGUUCUUUUCUUACUCUUUCUAGUUCUCCUGUUUCUUUUAGUUUUUCUCUUCCACCUCUUGUUCUCUCUAAGUAUUUAUCCUGUUUCUUCUUAUUCUAUUCCUCUUCCUCUUUCUCCUCCCCCUUCUCCUCUUCUUCUUCUUCCUCCACAAUAAACAAAUGGAUGUAAAUAAAUAAGUAGAUAAAUAAGUGACUUGUAAAUAUGUUAGAUCUUUAGUCUAUUUAGGAUGAAAGUUAUUAUUAUUAUUAUUAUUAUUAUUAUUAUUAUUAUUAUUAUUAUUAUUAUUAUUAUUAUUAUUAUUAUUAUUAUUAUUAUUUAUAUCACUAAAUUAUACUUAAGUUAAUAAUGAUUUGUAUUUCACCUAGAUGAUAAUUAAGUCCAUGUCUUCUGUAAUUUUGUAACUAAAUACACUUACAAUUACACACACACACACACACACACACACACACACACACACACACACACACACACACACUAGAAAGAUAAAUAAA